GUCCGUUAAUGAGGAGGAGAAGAAGAACACGUCACGUCCGUAAACACAAGGCACCUGCAUUGUGAAACAUUGUUUUAUUUUCUGUUAAUGUUGUUGCCCUUAUUUAUGCAUCCUGAAUGUGUACGAUGUCUCAAACUGAAUCAUUCUGUACGACCACUCAGGGCAUAGGAAACCGUGGCGUGGGUGUGCGUGAAAGAACCGAAGAUGGGAGAGCUGACAAAGACACGACAUUUGUGAGAAGUGACUCGGCCAGUCCAGAAAGAAAUGUGAGGGAGCGUGUGUUAAAGGAGGUAGGACUCACCAGCACCACCUUCAUUGGUCCAGCAUUUCCUCCAAAAACAACCACAGUCAAGUCUGACAUUGAAGACACAUUGAGUGAGUUUUACAAAGAGCUUGAGAACAUCGACAGACCUGAUGGUGCUAAUGAUAACCCAGGGAAUCAAGAUGCAUGUUUUGUUCAACCACCCAUUCCUCCCAAAUUUUAUGCCAGCAAAGAGACUCAGGGUGUAAGCGAGGAGAAAAGUAUUAACACAAGAAAAGCUGCAGAAACAGACUGCUAUCAGAACAGCAGUGGACAGAAACAUCCACCUUGGCCACACUGGUAUCAAAAUCAGCCAUACUACCCCAGAAUGCCGAGGCCAGGCAUGGACCGGAUCUGUGGCAGAGCUGCUCCUACACAAAGUCAAUGGCGUCAUCCUCAAACACUGAAGGGACCACCAAACCCAAGAUUUCACAGACCCCCAUUCCAUCGCCCCCCGACCCCAUCUGCAUUUCCAAAUCCACAAAACCGGCCAUCACACAUGAAUCAAAACUGGAGCGGUUCAGGCUUGACAAACCGCUAUCAAGAGGAGUCGCAUUUUCCAAGAUUUUCUAGCUUCCCACCUCCGAAUGUAUGCAGUCCCACCUCUCAGGACUUUUAUGGAGAUUCUCCAUACCACUUUGACAGGGACGAACGGGGUUGUAGUAAUGAUGGGAACUCAGAUCAUGUAAACGCUGGAUGGUCUACAAAUAGAAAAGAAGAAUUGUGUCAGUUGGGUGAAGAUUAUGACAGGUGGCAGCGAUAUGAUUCAGAAAAUGAACUGUGGGAGCAUCACUGCGAACCUGUUAACAAUAAUGCAUACCAUUCUCCCUUGGUGCUGAUCCUGAUGAGGGGAUUACCAGGGUCUGGAAAAUCAACACGGGCCAGGGAGCUGCUUUCCAUUGGUCCCAGUGGGCUAAUACUGAGCACAGAUGACUACUUUGUUCACAGAGAUGGCUACCAUUACGAACUAGGCCUUCUUGGAGCGGCACAUGAAUGGAACCAGAGCAGAGCUAAAGACGCUAUGCGUGAUGGCCGAUCUCCCAUUAUUAUUGACAAUACAAACACCCAAGCCUGGGAAAUGAAGCCAUAUGUCCAAAUGGCCUUGGAGAGAGGAUACAAAGUGGACUUUUGUGAACCUGACACCAGCUGGAAGUUUGAUCCUUAUGAACUGGAGAAGAAGAACAAGCACGGAGUUCCCCAGGAAAAGAUUGCACAGAUGAUGGAUCGUUUUUCGUUUCCCAUAUCCGUAGACAUCGUCAUGAAUUCACAAGAGCCGUCUCAUGUCAACCAGAGACGUCGACCAGAGCAACCACAGAUGAUAAUGAAAACCAGAGCUUUCCAUUAGUUUUCAGAGGAAUUUAACCAGCCAAAUAAUUUGCCUUGAAGAACACUUUUUUAAUAUUUUUAACUGCUGUUUUUCCAUGAUUUUUAUUAUUAUUUUGUAUACUGUACAUUUAUAUAAAGAGAUAAGAAUUUUUUUCUGAAGUUCUCAUAAUUAAUUUCUAAUGUGUAACAUCUGUGGAAUCAAUUAUUUUGUAUUAAAUGACUGAUUUUUCAAACUU